AUGUCGAACACAACCGACCCCGACCUUCCAGUGGCCGAAGCAACCGCCGGCCACGUAUCCUCCGUGCUCGACCGCGCCGGCAUCCAUCAUAUUCUUUGGGGUCAACUGGCCUUUGUUGUCUACGGUGCGAAGUUCCCCUGCAAUAACGUUGAGUUCGUCGUGCAAGAGGCUGACAUGACCCGGGCAGUCAACAACCUGCUCACCGCGGGCUUUGUGCCCGUGACUGACAAUGGUCACUGCAGCUACUACCGGAUCCCCGAGGAGUCCCACCCCGAGAAGGUCUUCCACCUCGACACAGUCAACGUCAACGGGGAGCAUACCCGCUUUGACGUGCGCGUGUUCCCUAUGCGCUGGGCGCUUCCCGGCAAUCGCGAAAUCGGCUACCGCGUCAUCUUCGACCACCUGGCGCGGCGCGAUCUGAUCCUGGCCACCGAUGAACGCCUUCCGGGAGCCUUCCGGCACGAGCGGUACCCCGUGCGCAUGCUCGCCCCCGUCCAUUACCUCCAGUCGAUGCUCGCGCGGUAUCUGACUGCAGACUGGGGGCAGACGUCCAUCCGGCAGUUCGGGGAGGAGUGUAUCGAGCCCCUCCUCUUGGAGGAAAUCACGGAGGAGGGCUUCAAUGUUACCCUGUUGCAUUCUGCUUACGAAAUGAUAUAUAGCGCCAUCAUGACGGCGGAUGGUGAGGAUGACCUGAAGCAGGUGGCCCUGCAGGUUCGGGCAGACUUUUGGCCCGUGUAA